UAAAACAUCAAAGAUUGGGGAAAAUGGCUCAACUUCAAAGGGUUGAUGGCCAAGUAGAGCUUAAAUGUCAUGCUGACAUGAACUUUGAUCUUUGGGCUAACAAAAUAAACCUUUUUCUCAUAAUAUGCCCUGAUAAAAUUAAAAAUAUGCAUGUUGAGGGCCAAUGGAAUAAGGCUGGUUCUGUCAUCACCACAUAUUAUGCUAUUAAUAGGGUAAAUAUGUCCCUUAAGGCAAGGGUGUUAGAGAUAGAUGAGAAGAACAAGUUAGUAAGGUACAAAUAUUUUGACGGACUCAUAACAGAGAAAUACUACAAGACCCUUCAAUCCAAGCUACAAGUUAUUCCAAAGGGUAAUGGUUGCAUUGUGAAGUGGAGUAUUGAAUAUGAGAAGAUAAAUGAAGAUUCUCCUGAUGCUAAUGUCUAUAUUGAUUUUUUGAUUGCCAUUGCAAAAGAUGGUGAUGCUUAUCUAUGCAAGGCUUGAUCACUUUCCAAAUCUACUAGCUCUAUAACUUUUGUUUCAGUAUUAGGUUUGCAAAACAAUUAAUUUAAAGACUUAAGUUCCUGAUUAGCGAUUAAUCAAGAGCUAAGUGCUGGUGGAGGCUUGUCUUUAACACCUUGUCAGAUUAUGUAGAAAGAUCUCUUGAGAAGGUGACUGUUCCUACAAAAUGCAACAAGGGAUUAUCAGGGCCCAGAAUGUUUUUCCGGGGACCUACUCCGAUGCCCAAGUCAGUAUCAGUAUGAAACAAGUUUGCCUAAUAGGUCCUUUCAAGAGCACUAUGGCUGCCAGGUGGAUUACUAUUUAGGACUUAUUUAGACGUGAGCUAGUUUGUGUUUAAUUCUGAAUAGUUGUUGUAUUAAGUAUCAAUCAAGACAAUUAUCUUUGCUUUAGAUUUAUCACGAUAGUAUUAAUAUCUUUCUCAAAAUCUGUGUGGG